AUGGGGGUGGUAAUGAGCAAGUGCAGGAAAGAGUGUGAAGAUGAACAAAUGAAGAGAAAGAAAAAUGAGGUUCAUUGGUUUGUGUUUCUUCCAGAUGACGUUGUUUUAAAUAUCCUUAAAAGGCUUCCUAAUGUUUUCCUUCGUUAUAACGCUAAGUAUGUGUGUAAACAAUGGUUCAGUAUAAUCACUAACAUGAUCUUGCUAGAUCACCAUGCUUCUGUUAUCCUCCAGAAGUCAUAUGGAUCCUUUACAGGGCGCCUUGUAGAUGUAAGGGAAGACGGAGAAGGACUAGAAGCAAAACACGAAAAUCUUGACAUAAAUUUCUUUGGAAAGAUAAAGUCAUGGUAUAACGAGUUUCUUCUGAUAACAAACCCCACCAGAAGAAGAAACUCACUGUAUAUUUUCAAUAUAAUCACCAAGGAAAGAUCAUUUCUUCCCAAAUGUCCAACAUCUUGUGCACAAUUUGAUACAAGCAGAUGUGAAAUGGCCCUUUCCUUUGACAAAUCCAAGGGAGUAUACAAGGUUGUUCACUUGUAUAUGGGUCUAUCAAUCCAAUGUCACAUUCUACACUUGGAAAAAGAUAUUGUCUCUCGUGUUUCCUCAAAGUGGUAA